UUCGUGCAGAUUUUCGUGUGAUUUCGUUACGAGAAGUCAUCAAAGAAACGUUUUCUAAAUAAUAUACUAAGUUUUCCAUCUGCUUCCCGUACGUCCAAGAUCACCAAUAACUUCAAUUGCACCGUCCCUCGAGAGUUAUACCUACGAUUGCCAGGGAUUUAGUAAAGGAAGCAUGUCUUCCCCGAGACCGGUUACACCAUGUAUUGUAGUACACGGAGGUGCAGGUCAGCUGUCAAACCCGAGCAUCUUUCCUAUGCUUAUAAUCGGAGUGAAAAAAGCAGCUAGAGCUGGCUACGAUAUCCUCAUGCGAGAUGGAGAAAAUGCUGCAGUGGAUGCAGUCGAAGCAGCCAUCAAGGUAAUGGAAGAUGAUUCCAACUUUAAUGCUGGACAUGGUUCUAAACUCAAUACCAGAGGAGAAGUUGAGAUGGAUGCGAUGAUAAUGGAUGGUCGAGAUCUGAAUUAUGGUGGAGUUGGUGGUAUAAGUAACAUUGCAAAUCCCAUAUCUGUGGCCCGCAAGGUUAUGGAUGAAUCAUCUCAUUGCCUUCUCAUUGGAAAUGGAGCCAAUCAAUUCGCUCAAGAGAAGAACUUUCCACAGAUACCAAACCAUCAGCUCAUUACAGAAUCCAGAAGGAGACAGCUGGCUAGAGCCUUGGAGGCAAUGGAACUUGUAGAAAUGAGUGAAGAUGAAUCUGAGAGUGAUAUAGAAGAACCGAUAGAAGUCCAUAAAACAAAGAAACAGCUUAAGAGACAACAGAGCAAAGCAGAGAUCUUAAAAAUGGUAAUUUUUUGUUAUUUGAACCAGGGAUACAUUGAUUAUGUUCAGGAAAUAAGGGGGAAGGAAGUUCAUGACACGGUUGGAGCAGUUGCAGUUGAUUGCCAAGGUAAUGUAGCCUGUGCAACAUCUACAGGCGGUCUGACUGCUGUCCAUCCAGGCCGAGUAGGUGACUCUCCCAUAGCAGGGUGUGGCGGAUAUGCUGAUAAUCAUAUUGGUGCAUCUUCAGCCACUGGUAAUGGAGAAUCUAUCUUGAGGGUUACUCUAUGCAGGUAUGCUCUAUUUAUGUUACAAAUUGGUCAGACGGCAGCAGACGCAGCAGCCGCAGCACUCAGGUACAUGGAGCAACGUGUUGGAGGUACUGCUGGAAUCAUCAUGGUAUCUCGUGAUGGUGACGCUGGUGUUGCUUUCAACUCCAAUCACAUGCCGUGGGCCCAGGUCAAACGAGGCAUCACAAGUUAUGGAUUGAAUAGAGGUGAAAUCAAGACUUCAAAGAGAAGAGCAGAGAGAUCAGAAAGCUUUAUAGAAUCACCAGACAAAAAAUACAAUGAUAUUUCCACUGUAACUUCUGCCACAGAUUCUGAUUGUCCUCUAGAUCAUCCAGACAGUGGUGUUGUUUCUUUAGGUAUGGAAGCUGGUGCUUCAGGAGGUGAUGUUUAUAUUAACAUGUAGAUAGUUCUGUUUUUGAGACUUUCUACACUACAUCAAUCUGAAAAUCAACCUGCAUGUGAUUUAUAAUAUUAGUUAAGAUAAAGAUAUUUGAGAAGAUAUUUUAUGAAUAAAAUUCCAAACUAAUUUUAGGGUAAUUCUGUUCUUUAAAAAGGAAGACAAGUGAAAGAUAAGUUAAUAGAUUAUUAAGUUCUAGCCUUUAAGACUCAGGCAUGGUAUACAUUAUUUUCAACUGUAAAUUAUUUUUUUCUUUUAAGAUUGCAUAAUUGAUGGUUUAUUAAAUUUUAGGUGUGUAUGAAAUAUAAUAUGAUAUUCGUUUACACAUAUAUGUACUUGUUUUAAGAACAUAUUAAUAUAAUUUAUACACAUAUUUCAUGAUUAAAAAUUUGAUCAAAUAGAUUACCAACAUCAAGAUACUGAGAACAAAGUUGAAGACAUACUUGCAGAAUUGAUCAGUUUUAAAUGAAUAAAAUGAAUUUUUAUUGUUUUUA